GCUUCCACCAACAAUCCCCAUACAAACGUCAAAACUCUCCGCAAAAAAUAGUGUCUGACGCAUUCAUUUGGCUACAGCUCAGAAUUGAGUGUUUAAUUACAGAGGAAACCUGUGAUUAAAUUGUCUUCCUGAACAACUACAGUUGCAGGGAUGGAGCUGGCACACAGUUUACUGCUGAAUGAAGAGGCUCUGUCUCACAUCACUGAAGCAAAGAGAGCUGUCUUCAUCUUUGAGUGGCUCAGGUUUCUGGAUAAAGUUCUUAUAGCAGCAAAUAAGGUUGAUGUGAAGGAGAAACAGAAGAAGCUGGUGGAGCAGUUGACUGGUUUGAUCAGCAGUUCUCCAGGACCACCCACCAGAAAACUGCUGGCCAAGAACCUGGCCGUGCUCUACAGCAUCGGAGACACCUUCACCGUCUUCCAGACACUCGACAAGUGUAAUGACAUCAUCAAAAGCAAAGACGACACGCCGGCGUACUUGCCCACCAAACUUGCUGCUGUGGCUUGUGUGGGGGCAUUCUAUGAGCGGAUGGGCCGAAUGCUGGGCAGCUCUUUCCCUGAAACCAUCAAUAACCUGCUGAAAGCUCUGAAGAGUGCAGAGUCUCAGGGUCGAGGGGAGAUUCUGCUCAGUCUGCAGAAGGUUCUCAGUGGGCUUGGAGGGGCUGCCGCCUCCUGUCAUAGAGAUAUUUACAAGAAUGCUCGCUCGCUGCUCACUGACAGAUCCAUGGCGGUCCGAUGUGCCAUCGCAAAGUGCUUGUUAGAGCUGCAGAAUGAGGCUGUGUUCAUCUGGACGACUGAACUGGAGAAUGUGGCCACGCUGUGUUUUAAAGCUCUGGAAGGUUCUACGUACGGUGUGCGCGUCGCUGUUUCCACACUGUUGGGAACGGCCAUGGCCACAGCGCUCAUGCCGAAACAGGCCACAGUGAUGCGUCAGAAUGUGAAGCGGGCGACUCUAGAGGAAGUUCUGGAGCUGAUGGCCACUGGGUUCCUGCGGGGAGGUUCUGGUUUCCUGAAGAGCGGAGGAGAGAUGCUGAAGGGGGCGUCAGUGAGUCGAGAGGUUCGGGUCGGUGUAACUCAGGCGUAUGUUGUGUUCGUCACCACACUGGGAGGUCAGUGGUUGGAGCGUAAUUUCGCUGUGUUUUUAUCUCAUUUGCUGGAGCUGGUGGCUCACCCGCGCGCCACACAGACUCACGUCGAGGCAGUGUACUCGCGCCGCUGCGUGUCCUUCGCCUUGCGGGCAACUCUGGGCGGUCUGCUGGGCGAGAAAGCUCAAAUCGCUGCUGCAAAGGAAAUCUGCCUGGCCAUCAGCAAACAGAUGAGAGCUGUGGAGGCUGUUGUGAACGACCCCAGCGGUGAGAAUCGGACCGGUGCUGCUGACGUGUCAGCCAGUCAGCAUGUGAUGGUGUGUGCGCUUAAAGAGCUGGGCAGUCUGGUACAAAGUCUGAGCGCUACAGCCUCUCCUCUCAUCCAGGAAGCAUCUAUCGGUCUUUUGGAGACGGUGACAUCAGUGUUGUUGCACCCGAGCAUGGCGGCGCGUCUGGCUGCGGCGUGGUGUCUGCGCAGUGUCGCUGUGGCUCUACCUUACCAGCUCACUCCUCUGCUGGAACGCUGCACUGAAUGCAUCAACAACCUGAAGAACUCACCGGAGGCCGUGAGCGGAUACAGCUUCGCUAUGGCGGCUCUGCUGGGAGGAGUCCAUCAGUGUCCGCUGGGCAUCCCUCAUUCAAAGGGCAAGAUGGUGGUGAGUAUCGCUGAAGAUUUGCUGCGUUCAGCAGCUCAGAACAGUCGUCUGUCACUGCAGCGCACUCAAGCAGGCUGGCUGCUGUUAGGAGCCCUCAUGACUUUAGGACCCUCACUGGUGCGCUACCACCUGCCCAAGAUGCUGCUGCUGUGGCGUAACGUUUUCCCUCGUUCUCAGAAGGAGCUGGAGGCAGAGAAAGCGCGAGGAGACUCAUUCAGCUGGCAGGUGAUGCUGGAGGGACGAGCUGGCGCUCUGUGCGCCAUGCGCAGUUUUGUGGCUCAUUGUCCAGAACUGCUGACAGAGGACGUGAUCCGCAGACUGAUGACACCAAUCGAGUGUGCCAUGACCAUGAUGUCUCAUGUUCCUGCAGUGAUUAAGGUUCAUGGAGCUCAUCUGAAGGCCAGCGCUGCAAUGGUUCGACUGCGACUCUAUGACAUACUGGCUCUAUUGCCACCCAAGACAUAUGAAGGCAAUUUUAACGCUCUGUUGAGAGAGCUGGUGGCAGAGUUCACGCUGACGGAUAACUCCGCAAACACAACCACGUCUCUACUGCGCUCACUCUGUCACUAUGACGACAGCGUGUUAAUGGGCUCUUGGUUACAGGAAACUGAUCAUAAGUCCAUUGAAGAUCAGCUGCAGCCCAACAGCGCGUCCGGCAGUGGAGCUCUUGAGCACGACCCGUCCUCCAUAUACCUGCGUGUUCCUGUAGGUGAGGCUGUCCCAGGACCCCUGCCGCUGGGAGUGUCGGUGAUAGAUGCGUCUGUGGCUCUGUUUGGAGUGGUCUUUCCUCACGUCUCUUUCAAACACAGGUUGCAAAUGCUGGAUCACUUUGCAGAAUGCAUUAAACAAGCUAAAGGAGUCCGUCAGCAAGCCGUCCAGUUAAACAUAUUCACUGCAGUACUGAGCGCACUCAAGGGUCUGGCAGAGAACAAGAGCAGUCUCGGCCCAGAGGAGGUUCGCAAGUCCGCUUUAGCACUCGUGAUGGGUGCACUGGACAACCCAAACCCCAUCCUGCGCUGUGCUGCUGGCGAGGCACUGGGCAGGAUGGCGCAAGUUGUAGGAGAAGCCUCGUUCAUCGCCAGGAUGGCACAGCACAGCUUUGACAAGUUGAAGUCGGCACGUGACGUCGUGUCCAGGACGGGUCAUUCUCUGGCUCUAGGCUGUCUGCAUCGGUAUGUGGGUGGCAUCGGAUCGGGUCAGCACCUGAAGACCAGCGUCAGUAUACUGCUUGCUCUGGCUCAAGACGGCACAUGUCAUGAGGUGCAGACGUGGGCGCUGCACUCUCUGGCUCUCAUUGUGGACUCCAGCGGGCCCAUGUACCGGGGUUAUGUUGAGCCUACUCUCUCUCUGGUGCUGACGCUACUGCUGACCGUCCCCCCCUCACACACAGAGGUGCAUCAGUGUUUGGGCCGCUGUCUCGGAGCGCUUAUCACUACUGUGGGCCCAGAGCUACAGGGUAAUGGUGGCAGUAUCUCUACGAUCCGGUCGUCGUGUCUCGUGGGCUGCGCUAUCAUGCAGGAUCACUCUGAUUCGUUGGUUCAGGCGGCGGCCAUCUCCUGUCUGCAGCAGCUGCAUAUGUUCGCCCCACGGCACGUCAACCUGUCCAGCCUCGUGCCUAGCCUUUGUGUGCAUCUGUGCAGUUCUCACCUGUUGUUACGUCGUGCUGCUGUGGCGUGUCUCAGGCAGCUGGCGCAGCGAGAGGCGGCAGAGGUGUGUGAAUACGCCAUGAGUCUCGCAAGGAGGGCUGGAGACGGCAAAGACAACAACACCAUUAAUCUGAACAUCACAGAGACGGGGUUGGAAGGUGUUCUGUUUGGAAUGUUGGACCGUGAGACGGACAGGAAGUUGUGUUCAGAUAUUCAUGACACGCUGGGUCACAUGCUUUCCUCCCUGGCUGUGGGGAAACUUCCUCACUGGCUCAAACUCUGCAAAGAUGUUCUGGCAGCUACUACAGUGUCUUGCGUUGCAGAGGUUGGUGGGACUGUUGCAUCUGGUGGCAGAAGGAAGGAAGAGGAUGAAGACUCUGAGAAGAAGGAUGAGAUGGAUGAUGACAUCAUGUUCACGUCACUGGGUCAGGAUGACAAGUCCAAACCUUCUGUGGCCCCUCGCUGGGUUACACGAGUGUUUGCUGCCGACUGUCUGUGCCGCAUCAUUCAUCUGUGUGAAAAUGCUGACAAGGCCCACUUUGACCUGGCGGCUGCCCGUGUUGCCAAGGCUAAAAACCCUGAAGGUGACUUUCUGGUGUUGCACUUGUGUGAUCUGAUUCGCAUGGCCUUCAUGGCUGCAACUGACCACAGCAACCAGCUGCGCAUGGUCGGUCUCCAAGCUCUUGAGGACAUCAUUAAAAAGUUUGCCGCUGUGCCUGAACCCGAGUUCCCUGGUCAUGUGAUACUGGAGCAGUACCAGGCCAAUGUUGGUGCUGCUCUCCGGCCAGCCUUUUCCCCAGAUACCCCCUCAGACAUCACAGCCAAAGCCUGCCAGGUGUGCAGUGCAUGGAUAGGGAGCGGCGUUGUCAGCGACCUUAAUGACCUGCGCCGUGUCCACAACCUGUUAGUAUCCUCUCUGGACAAAGUUCAGGCUGGCAAGAGCUCCUCCAGCCAGCUUUACAGUGAGAGUGCCACUACCAUGGAGAAACUAGCUGUCCUAAAAGCUUGGGCGGAGGUUUUUGUAGUGGCAAUGAAGAUAAAGAAAGAAUCUCAGUCCAGGCCAGCUCGUCCUGUGCAGUGUGAUAAUGAGGAAGUGGGAGAUGAAGUAGAUGUUCUGCCUCCAGAUAGUCUGAUGACUUUAGUGCAGCCGGAGCUGCCUUCUCUGAGCCGCCUGUGGCUGGCGGUGUUGAGGGACUACGCUUUACUCACUCUGCCUGCUGAGUUCUCCAGUCAGCUGCCACCUGAAGGAGGGGCCUUCUAUACUCCUGAGACUAUAGACACCGCACGGCUUCAUUACCGUAACUCAUGGGCGUCUAUCCUGCAUGCGGAGGUUCUGUGGCUCAGUAGCACUGGCUUUGGGACAGCUGAAGACUCUGUUGAAGGCAAAGGUGCCCCCAUCAAAGGCCCUGCAUUGGCUCCUACCCCCAGCAAAAACCCAGAUGACCUUGUGAAAGACAGAUUGCACCUUCUUUUAGGCAUCAGCAUUGAAUUCCUAUGUUUUCCAAGGGCCGAAGAGCCCAUUGAAGAUGUCAUGUCAUGUCUGCAUGCGCUCUGCACACUGCUUGACUCACCUAGUGCUCGGAAACACAUCGCCAAGGAUCAGCUGCUGGCUGUGGAGCUGCUCAACGUGCUUCACCGGCUGUUAUUAACACGUGACCCGCCCAGCGUGCAGCUGCAGGUGACGACUGUCGUGCAGAAAACCAUCCGUGCGGCUCAAGAGCACCUGGACCACAUCAGGAGCAGCAAGACUGAGGAGGAUGGUGAAGAUGAGGUGUCAGUGUUUGGGGAAGGAGGCGACACCGGGGAGCUUCUUCCAGGGAAGUCGCUGGUGUUCGCCGCGAUGGAGCUGCUGGUGUUUAUCCUGGUUCGCCACCUACCUCAGUUGAACGCAAAGGACACUGAUACCAUCAGACGAAAACCACAACAGUUGAAUGAUGACAGCAACCGAAUGGUGGCAGCCACAGUCACUGUCCUCUCUGAGCUACAUUCACUCUGCUCACCUGCAGGAAGUAUGACCAUUCUGCCUACGGUGCUGUUCCUGAUAACUGGUGUGCUGAGAGAGACUGCAGUGAAAAUGUCAGAUAGCUCUGUUCCUCCACCUGUGUCUGCAGCCCUGCAGGGCAUCAAAGCCAUCCUCAGCUCGCCACUCGCACGCGCUCGGAAGACGGGGACGCAGUGGAGCGCUCUGGUCAGGAGUAGUUUGGCCACUGUACUAGAGUUCUCUCAGCCGGAUGUGUCUGGAUCUGAGUGCAGUGUGGAUGAGGUCAGUUUGCUGACAGCCGUCACUCUGUUUUUGCUGUCGGCCAGCAGCGAGCUGAUCGGUGUCCCUGUUCUGCAGAAUGGCUGCAUUGAGCGCUUCAGACAUGGACUUAAUUCUGCUGAUCCUUGGAUUCAGGCUUGCUGUUAUCAGCUGCUGCUGUCCGUCUUUCAGCAUUCAUGUCGCAGUCUCUCCACACCGUAUAUCCACACGCUGGCUCCUGUGCUGGUGGAGAAGCUGAAGAACAUUGAGCACAGUCGACCAAACACACCCGCUGAACUACAAGCUGUACAAGAAGGAGUGAAAGUGUUGGAGAGCCUUGUGGCCAUGGGAGAGGAACACAACCGAGUUCAGUUAUUGGCUCUUCUGGUCCCCACGCUCAUUUCAUACCUGUUGGAUGAGACGGUGCUCUCCUCUGCCUCCUCCAGCUCUAAAGGCCUGCAUGAGUUUGCUCUUCAGAACCUCAUGCACAUCGGUCCUUUGUACCCUGUCGCCUUCAAGACUGUUAUCGGAGCGGCACCAGAGCUGAAGACCCGCCUUGAGGCGGCAAUCAGGUCCAGUCAAGCCCACAGUAAAGCCAAGACUACAGCAAGACCGCCACAGCAGACGGUGCAAGCUUCACCCACCAUCAAACUCAAGACCAGUUUCUUCUAGAAUGCACACAGUUUCACUCAACGGUUAUCAAUCCACAGCACAGCAUGACAGUUUUAGUUGGAAUUAUUUAAGCCUGAAUGUUACUUUUUUUACUGAAUUCUGUCACCCAUAAGAAGCCAAUAAAUGUUCAAGGGAAAUCGAGAAGUCAUUAUAAAGCUUUAGGGUCUGUAAAACAAUGCGGUUGUAUUAUACAGUAUAACAGCAUUAUUGUUUGUCUUAUUGUUGUCUUGUGUAGUGGCACUUUUAAAGGCAACUUAAAUAUUUAAGUUUCAGAGGUCACAACAGAGGUGAACAGAUAAAUUUCACCUAAAUAUUCCUAUGACCAUAUUCUCAUGUUUUUCACUCGUUUUAUUUUUUAACUGCUGUUAAAUGGUAUGUGUAAGGAUCUAUUUAUCUUGAUAAAUCAAGAUAAAAACAUGUUUUCUUUUAACUGAUCUUGUAUGAUUUACACUAGUUUUAGUUAGCUGUUUGUUUGUUCAUUUUUUCUAAGAUGAGGCCCCAGCCUGGCAUUGGUCAUAAUUGAACACAUCACCUAUUUAAGGUAAAUGGUUUGUUUGUGGUUUUUAAUGUUGGUUUGUUUUUGAUGACUGAUUAGCCACGAUUUACACUGCUGUUCAUCUAUGCUGUGAAUGUCAUUGUAUACAGAUGUCCAAACUUUUAGCUAAAUAACGGUCUGAAAUGUUAUUGCAGUCUGUGAGUAUAUCUGUGAGUAUUUGUACAUUUUAGAGAAGCUCAAUGUGAAAGCUAAAGCAACUUUAUGAUGGUGUUUUGUCAUCUAGUCUGAGCUUUUAAGAACUUGAUUGUAGGUCUACCUUUUGCCUGUCAUUCAUAAAUUAAAAAUGUUGAAAUUUUAGUCCAGAAAUCAUAUUGUAGUCAAUAUUUCAAAAUCUUCCAAAGCAGACGUGUAUUCAUUUUCUUGAAAUAUACAGCAUAAAUGACAUAACUGGUAUUUGCAAAUGGUUCAUAGCUUUGUUGAUAUUAAAUUAUCCAAAGAUAAAUUCAUUUCACUUCAAUUAAAGAUGUGUCGUUACCCACUGAUGAUCCUGUUCCUGUAUGACAGUGUUUAUCCUAAGUCUGUCAUAUAGAUUUAUAUGUUUUAAUGAUUCAUAAGUGCUUCAUCAAAAACACAAGCCUCUCAUUUCUGCUUUUUAAUUAUCAGCAUGCCACAGGUGCUGUAAUGGAGCUUAAGUUUUAUUUAACCUAGAAUGUUCCUUUAAGGAAUUCUUCCUUAUUCACAGACGCCAUUCUUUGUAAAGCUGAAUUUAACUGAAAAACAGAAAAGAACAUUUAUUUUUGCUCUGCUUCUGAGUGGGGUAUUGAUGUAUAUAUUCUAUGAGUCUCUGCCCCUCUCAGAUCCUGAUUAAAAAAAAAAAAAAAUUGCAUCUAGUGAAAAUGUAACUGUAGCUAUCAUUAAUUCAUGUCCUGCACAUGCAAAAAUGUCGUUAUUAUUCACAGUCCACAUUGUUUCAAAGCAUCUUUGCAGAAGGUAAAAAUGUACCCAGUGAAUAACUUCAUAGAAAACCAUUACACUUUGUCAACCAUGCCAAUAUUUUUAAGUGUGAUUGAAUGACUCCAGCCACAGGUCUGUUGAAUGACGAUUGUGGUGUCCCAUCCUCUUCAGUUUUCACACCUCCCCGCUAACUACAUUCCAAGCCCUGAGAGUGCUGAGUUCUUUCUUACAGGGGUGAAGGUGUAUCAAAGAGUGUGUGUUGAAACGUCUAGGUAGUUGUUACUUUAGGGUAUGAAUGGUAUCUCGUACCCCCACAGACAUGGGUCUUUGAACUUGCACACAAAGAAAUAUUAUCCAGAGGUAAAAUUGUACUUUUCUAUUUUUAAAAAACAAGAAAAGCCCAUACAUUUUUUUCUUCUCAGAUGUACAUGAUUCACUGUUAUUAUUGAAUAAAUGUUUAGUUCUAACUCUAUCUCAUUAGGAUGCACAUGUACAACUUUUUAAACAUGAUACUGUAAAAGAGCAUAAAGGUUAUUUUUUUUUUUUUUUUGUAAUAAAAAAUAUUAAAAAAUAUAUAUAUAUUAUUUUAAUAAAAAUAAACCCUACCAUUAUACAGGCUUAACAAAUCUGUUAUUUGCUAGGCGAUCCCCAUCUUAUUUUAUU